AAAAAUUAUAUUUUUAUUAAUAUUAAUAAUCUAAAAAAUAAAAAAAUAUUAAAUAUAUCUAAAAAUACUAAAAGUAUAAAACACACGUUGUUUUUUGAUAUCAAAAAUACAUUUAUCUCUCUUCAAAUCGUAAAACCACAUUAUAUUUUUUCUAAUGCUUUAUAAAAUAAUUAAAAGAAGGAAACGAAACACCAAUAAGAACAACCGCCAUUUUCUUAUAAAAAAAAACCGCCUUCGGCGUAGAAUUCAAGUGUAAAAAGAAAGUUAUAAAAAUAAAACACACUACAAAUGUGGAGUAUAUACUGAUUCAAGAACCUCUGGUUCUCUCCGUCUUCUUCAUUCUUCUUCUUUGUUUCAGAAUUUUGUGGAAGAAGAGGAAUUUUCAUAUUUAAAGUUGAUGAAUAUGAGCAUUUGUGAAUUAGAGCAGAUUGAGAGAGAUAUAUCAAACAUUUGUGCAUUUGAUUCAGUAUAGGAGAUUGAUUGAUUGUUUCCUCAGUUGCAUUGGCUGUUGCCAUCAAUACAAAGAGUUCAGAUAAGGAAAAAGAAAAAUGAAGAAAUGGCUAUCGGGCGUUCUCAUUGGGUCCUUCUUUAUGUUGCUGAUUCUGAGAAAGGUUUUUAUGAAAAAUCCACUCAAGGAGAGUCCUCCAAUGCGUCUUCCGAUUCCUGUCAAUUUAACUACUCCUCUUGAAUGUAUUUACUCCGAGGGGAAUUUACCUGCAACUCAUAGUCCAGAAUUUUCUAAUCAAAUAAUUUCUGCCGAAACAUUGCUCUCUAGUCUCUUUGUUGAUAGAAAUUUUUCCAACCAAGUCCAAAGUUCUUUGCUGACUUGGAAUCAUAUGAAAUAUCUGGUCAACUAUUCACAACCUUUACCCAAUGGAAUGGGAGCCAUUAGGGAAGCUCAAGUUGCAUGGGAAAGUCUUCUGGAGUCCGUUAAGAAGAGGGAGCAAGGUGGCGCAAAAGAAAGUUUGCUUAAUAAACUGAAAGGAAAACAAUGUCCUUAUUUUGUCAACAUAAUGAAUGCAACAAAAUUUGGUGAUAAUGGCUAUAGGCUAUGGGUACCUUGUGGCCUUGUUCAGGGUUCUACAAUUACUAUAAUUGGCAUUCCCAACGGUCUUCUUGGUAAUUUUCGGAUUGAUUUAUUAGGGGAACAACUUCCAGGAGAACCUGAACCUUCUACUAUUUUACAUUACAAUGUAAGACUUCUAGGUGAUAAGAUAACUGAAGAUUCUGUGAUUCUCCAAAACACAUGGACAGCUGAUCAUGGUUGGAGUGAAGAAGAGCGGUGCCCUGCAUCUGUUCCUGGUGAUGACAAGAAAGUUGAUGAGUUGAGCCAGUGCAACAAAAUGGUGGGCAAAGACAAUAGCCAGAAGUUUGCUGCAAAUGGAUCGUCAAACAAUUUUUCAACAAUGUCUAGGAACAGAACUGGAGCUAGAUGGUAUUUUCCAUUUAAGCAAGGGUUUUUAUCUGUUAUGACCCUUAGGAUGGGAGAAGAAGGGAUUCAGAUGACAGUUGAUGGAAAGCACGUCACUUCUUUUGCUUAUCGUGAAAAUUUGGAGCCAUGGCUUGUUAGUGAAGUAAGGAUAUCUGGAGGCUUGAAAUUAAUUUCUGUCUUGGCCAGUGGCUUACCCUCAUCUGAGGAAUCAGAGCACAUUAUUGAUCUAGAGUCACUAAAGUCAGCUCAACUACCACUGCAUCAUCCACUGGAUCUCUUCAUUGGUGUCUUUUCUACAGCCAACAAUUUUGAGCGCAGGAUGGCUGUCCGUAGAACAUGGAUGCAGUAUCCUGCCGUGAAGACAGGCGAAGUUGCAGUGCGCUUUUUUGUUGGUCUGCAUAAAAACCAGAUGGUGAAUGAGCAACUCUGGGUUGAACUGCAGACAUAUGGAGACAUUCAGCUGAUGCCUUUUGUCGAUUAUUACAGUCUUAUAACCUGGAAGACUAUAGCAAUCUGUACUUUUGGGGCAGAAGUUGUUUCAGCCAAGAAUGUCAUGAAAACAGAUGAUGAUGCAUUUGUUCGAGUGGAUGAAGUGCUCUCUUCUUUGAAAAGAACAACUGUGAGUCAUGGACUUCUAUAUGGUCUGAUUAACUACAAUGCCCAACCUCAUCGGAAUCCUUUCAGUAAAUGGUAUAUUAGCCUUGAGGAAUGGCCUGAGAGUUUUUAUCCACCAUGGGCACAUGGCCCUGGCUAUGUGGUAUCACAUGACAUAGCAAAAGCUGUUUAUAAUAGGCAUAAAAUGGGUCGCUUAAAGAUGUUCAAACUGGAGGAUGUUGCAAUGGGAAUGUGGAUAGCGGAGAUAAAUAAAGGCUUGCAAGUUAUGUAUGUAAACGAAGAUCGGGUCUAUACAGAGGGGUGCAAGGAUGGGUAUAUUGUCGCUCACUACCAAAGCCCUAGAGAGAUGCUCUGCCUAUGGCAGAAUUUGCAAGAAGGAAAUGAGCCUGGUUGCUGUUCAGGUAAAUAAGCAGAUGGUUAGGGCUUAAUCUUGCAGUGUUGCGAGUAGAUAGGUAGAUUUGUAAAUAUACCACAAAGACUGACAUCAGGAUCCUCGUUAAAGAUGAGAGAAGAAGAAGAUUCAAUUGUUUAGCCAACUGUUUUGGUUUUUGUUACACAGUAGGCAUUAUGGAGGAGUACAUCAGUUAUAUACAUAUAAUGAUCUAUAUACCAGAUGUAGUUUAGUUAGUUAGAGAGAGAUGUAGUUUAGUAAUUCAUAGGAAUAAGUUGCUUUUAAACAUUGUUCAUUAUACUCAUUUCAUUCUUGUUAUACAAGUUUUUAAUGUCAUAUGUAUACUAAAUUCUUUA